CAAGCCAGUAGCAAACAUGGCAGCGGUCUUACUGCGGUCGAGUGGACUGUUUAUUUUAGUCCUGAUGGUAACCUUGUCCACUACAUGGGCCGAGGAUACCAACAGUGCUGAGAAAGUAGAUGACAAACAGGACACGGAAGAGAAAGACAUCUCAGGAGACACAGUUGGUGAUACAGAAAAGCGAUUCCUUGGCCGAUGGAAAAAUGCCAACUACAAGGCCUUGUUGUCGCCUAAAACGGAAGGAAAACGAUUCUUAGGUCGGUGGAAAAAUGCUAACUUUAAAUCGGUCUACCCAGAAAAUGACGAAGAAAAGAGAUUCUUGGGUCGCUGGAAAAACGCUAACUACAACGCAGACUCUGCGAAUGACGAAAAAAGAUUUUUAGGACGGUGGAAAAACGCAAACUUCAACAUAUACAAACAGAGCCCUGAAGAUAAACGAUUCCUUGGUCGCUGGAGAAACGCGAAUUAUAACGCCGACAACUCUGUGGAUACUGAGGACAAACGUUUUCUAGGACGCUGGAAAAACGCAAAUUUCAGAAACGUGCAGGCAGACAACCCAGAGGAAAAACGCUUCUUAGGCAGAUGGAAAAACGCUAAUUUCAGAAAUGUACAAUCUAGUAACCCUGAAGAAAAACGUUUCCUGGGGCGCUGGAAAAAUGUGAAUUUCAGAAAUUUGCAAGCAGAUAACCCUGAAGAAAAACGGGGUUUAGGACGCUGGAAAAAUGCAAACUUUCAAAAUGCCCAGUCUAACAACCCAGAAGAGAAACGAUUUCUUGGUCGUUGGAAAAAUGCAAAUUUUAGAAACAUACAACCCGAUAGCCCUGAAGAAAAGCGUUUUCUUGGGAGGUGGAAAAAUGCGAACUUCCAAAACCUGCAAUCGAACAAUCCGGAAGAGAAGAAGGGUCUAGGGAGAUGGAGAAAUGCGAACUGGAGCGCACGAGAGGAAGCAGAAGAUUCCGACGCUACACUUCAUCAUAGAUCAAAGCGCUUCUUGGGGCGAUGGAAGAAUGUCAAUUAUUUGAGGAAUAAGGGAAACGCCAUUGCCGACGAAAAACGUUUUCUAGGACGAUGGAAGAACGCCAACUAUCGCACAUUUCUACAAAAGUACGGGUGGCCGACCGGGAAACGUCAGCCUUAUUAUUGGAAAUUUGGCCUUCGAAGACUGUACGACGAUUUCCAAUAGCUGUUGACCCGAAAGACGUGCAAGGACUCCUGUGAACAAUGCAGCUCAUACCACCAGCAGAACGCAUAAGACCACAUUCGGUGAAGCCAUAUCAAGAUCUUGGACGCAAACACUGUCUGUCUCGUCUACAGUUAUUUUCCAGUAUGAUGAGAAACCUUAACGAGUAACGUCUUUUCAACUUUUGCACAUUUCUUGGAAGAGAGACACAGUUCAAAAGACUCUCUCCAGUACCCUGGGACCAAUGCUUUAUUGCUUAGUGCAAAAACUAAUUUGGUUCGGUUGUAUAUAACUGAUGUGACAUAUAUAUUGCUACGGCGAACAGCUGGAUUGGAAUAUAUGACAACACGUCUAACAUAUAUUUGCCUUCUUUGAGUAACCGUCACGUCAUGUCAGGUCUCACACAAAUAUUGAUAUUUCAUGUUUUAAACUAACAAUCUAGCUUCUAAAACGUCCCCUGGUUCCUUUAUGAUUACACCGUUGAUACCUGAUUUGGUUCUUAUCCUAUUGCAAAUAAUGGUUUAUUCGCUGUAUAUUACAGCUGAAGUGUUGCAAAUAUUUAACACAUGGGUAUACUUGUUCGACAAUUUGCUGUUAUGCUGACAUUAUUGCCACUGGGACACUGUUGGGAAAUCAUAUAUGUUUGUGAGAAAUCUAACACUGGUAUCU